AACUUAUCAAGUUAUCACCGUAAAACCCUUUAUCUAAACCUCAGAUAAGAACAUAGAGGGAGAAAGAGAGAGACAGAGAGAGAGGGAGGGCAGGGGGAGAGAGAGAGAGAGUUAUGAUAGGUUAAAUAAUCAUCCAAUUGGUCCUCCUUGAUGGCCAUUUCGUCUGGCUUUGGGUUCUCCGGCCGACCCCAACUUCAUUUCUGCCACUGUUUUCGCAAGGUUCGAUUCGGGUCAGUGGCGGCUGUUCUUGAUGAGCCUGAUAGCUUCUUCAAGGGAUAUAGUAAGAGGAAUUCUGAGUCUGUUUCUUUUUCUAGUGAUGGAGGGGUUGAUGAGGAUAACAAGGCACCUGUAUGGAAGAGGUUCAGCUCUAAGGAGCUUGGGAUUAGUAAUUCCAUGAUUCCGAGAUCUACACGAGUGGUCCUCAAUGGCCUUAACCGAAAAGGGCAUAGAGUUUACCUUGUUGGUGGAUGUGUCCGUGAUCUUAUUCUAAAGCAAAAGCCAAAAGACUUUGAUGUACUGACAUCAGCAGAACUUGGCGAGGUGAAGAGGAUAUUUUCACAAUGUCAAAUUGUUGGGAGACGAUUUCCUAUCUGCCAUGUGACCGUUGAUGGUACCAUUGUGGAGGUUUCAAGCUUUUGCACGAGUUCUAGGGGGAGAGUAAAUUUUGACAUGGAACGACCUGUUGGCUAUGAGAAGGAGGAUUAUAAGCGUUGGAGGAACUGCUUGGAGCGUGACUUUACAAUAAAUGGCUUGAUGUUAGAUCCUUAUGCAAAGAUAGUAUAUGAUUACUUGGGAGGGCUGGAAGAUAUCAGAAAAGCGAAAGUGCAAACGGUGAAGCCUUCAAACAUAUCAUUGUCAGAGGAUUGCGCUCGCAUUUUACGUGGAAUUAGAAUUGCUUCCCGUUUAGGGUUUAGUUUCACAAGAGAGACAGCUCGAGAUGUUAAAAAUUUAUCAUAUUCAGUUUUAAGGCUUGAUAAGGGAAGACAUCUGAUGGAAAUGAAUUACAUGUUAGCCUAUGGUUCUGCAGAGUCGUCACUGAGAUUAUUAUGGAGAUUUGGUCUUUUAGAUAUACUAUUACCAUUUCAGGCUGCAUAUUUUGUCCGAAGUCGUUUUCGCAGACGUGACAAGAGGUCUAAUAUGCUUUUGUGUCUUUUUUCUCACAUGGACAAGUUUUUGGCACCAGAUACACCAUGUCACAGUAGCUUAUGGGUUGCCAUUUUAGCAUUUCAUAAAGCACUGUCAGACGAACCCAGGGACCCUGUGGUGGUAGCUGCAUUCAGCCUUGCUGUUUAUAAUGGCGGGAAUAUGUCAGAAGCUUUAAAAAUCGCAAGAAUGAUAUCCAGACCACAUGAUGCUGGCUUUAAUGAAUUAUUGGAACCCUGUACCUUGGACUACGAGGAAUUGAAGGAGGAGGUUUUGCUUUUUGAUAAUUCAGUUAGCACGGCACUGUCUGAUAUGACCGAGGAGGAUUAUGUUUCAAAGGCUAUGUCAGCCUUCCCCAAAGCUCCUAAAUCAGAUCUGGUGUUUAUUUCACCGCAGUUGUAUUUUAGGGUGCGCAAGAUUUUCGAAUGCGUUAGAAUGGGAAGGCAAAAGGAUUUUGUACCAAAGCAAGGUAGUAAAAUUGAUAGUGAAUUGUUAACUUUAGGUAGUUUGGAGGAAGUUCGACAUGUAUUUGCCAGGGUUGUAUUUGACACUGUAUACCCGGUCUCUACUAGUCCGGAGUAGAAGGUCUUUACUUUUUAUAUUAAAGUAAUAGAUUUUGAAACGAAAAUUAAAGCAGCUAAAUUAGAGCACGAUUGGAUAGCCCAGUGGUGGGUUUAUCCUCUGUUGACCCGGGGCACCCGGGUUCGACUCUGGCUCACCCCGAGAAUUAUUAGAACAGAUACUAAGUUGCAGGCAUAUAAGCCUGCAUUGUCAAAAAAAAAAUUCCUUGGAUGUGUUUUAGAUCUUCUUUUUUCUUCUUUA